UUUAAUUUUUUUCUUUCACCUUCCUUCCUCACACCACUUGACAACAUCCUGCAACUAGAAAUUUAAAGGAAAACCUUUCUCAUUUUUCUUCCAUGUGAGUAAGGUAUAUCUCUUCCUUAUGUUGAUCUCCAGUAAGCAGUUGCCAAUCGGCCGCUCCCAGAGCUGGGACACGCUGGGUGGGAAUGAGGGUCAUUGGGAGCGCAGUGACAGUGUUUACGAGCAGCAGGCCCGGAUGGCUGGUCGACGCAACUCGCUGAGCUACGGAGCGGAUGUGGGAGGGGGAUGGUAUGAGCCAUCGCCUGGACUGCGUCCCCCUGACCUGGAUUUGAAACGGGAGCAAGACUCCUACCAGGAAUCUCUUUACAAUCAGGGAUAUUUGGAUCGUCCGGACCCCCGUAACAUAAGAAAGAGCUCCGUUCCUGAGUUGAACAGCCAUUACGACCGGCCACCCAUGGCUCACCGUGGUUCCCUGCCACCCCUCGACUACUAUCAGCAAGACUUAGGCAUGCCACCACGGCCAUCCGAGGGUUUUUAUCGUGGAGAGCAACCUCAUUCUGUUAAUAGGUCAUCUUCACAUUAUGGAAUGAUGGCUGGUCCUCGGCAAUUCUGGGAACAGAGCUCAGGAGGUCGGCCUGGUUCUGCUGCCCCAACACCUGGCAUACCUCCUCCCCCACCUCCAACUGCUCAUGACAUAGGUCGUAUUUACAGAGAACCAUCCCUGCCUGGACCCCCACAUGCUACUCCUGGCACCAAAAUGAUGCAGGAUGGGCAGUGCAUUCCAAGUCGUGCACCAUCUCCAGCUCAUUAUAUAAUGGAGCCAAAUUCUCCCCGUUAUGGUGCUGAGCCACCUGCCUCUCUAAACAGCCAUUCAGUCUACAGUGAUGUUAACGGAAGGCCGAUUGAUCCUCAUCAGCCAACCGCCACCUGCCUGGUAGUUGAACCAGUUGCUCAAGGAAUGGAUGGAACUGCCCGAGGUAUGGUCAUGCAUCCGGAAAACCCCUCACCAUACACCAUACAACAGCAAGCCCAACAGCAGGCUCAACAACAAGCACAGCAACAAAUGCAACAACAAAUACAGCAACAGCAAAUGCAGCAGGUUCAGCCAGUGCAACAAUUGCAGCAAGUUCAGCCAGUGCAACAAAUGCAGCAAGUUCAGCAAAUGCAGCCCAUUCAGCCAGUGCAGCAAGUUCAGCAGGUACCACAGUUUCAGCCAGUGCAGCAAGUUCCACAUGUGCAACCCGUGGCACCCCCAAAUCCUGUCUAUACUCCAGCACCCCCUAUAGCUGCUACCCCAGUAAACACUCCAAGUGUGGCCACUAUUCGUGCUCCGUUACCUCAAAUUCCUGCUCAGCCUUUUACUGCUCCUCCUCCUCCCACUGUUCCUCAGAUCCCAGUGGCUCCUGUAGACCCUAAAAAAAAUGCGGACCCUGAGUUUCUGGCAUUGCUGCAAAAAGAAGGCCUCUCAGAAAGCACCAUCACCUCUCUACUGCAGCAGGGCUUUGACUCCACUGCAAUGCUGGCUGUUAUGGAGGAAAAUGAUGUGCGUUCAGUGGCUCCAAACUUGGGACAAGCUCGGGUUCUGUCGCGUGUUGUGCUUGGUUGCAAGCGACCACCUGAAAUCCUUCCUGCUAACCCCCUGCAUACCAAUGCUCCGGUCCGUGGCAGAUCCAACAGCUUUAGCCAUCGCAGUGACAGUUACGUGCAUCAGCCGCCACCCUUGGCUCCGGGCAUGGAGUCCCAGUAUAUGCAGCCACCCUCUACCCCCAUGCAGACUAUAUCUCCAAGGAUGGGUGAAGGUUAUAGUCACAGACCCAGCAGUGCUCCCUCCCAGCAUCUUCUUGAGACCAGUGGGUAUCCUGGAGCCAGGUCUGCAGGAGCAUACAGUGGUGCUGUGGUUCCAGUCCAGCCUCGUGCUUUAUCAGGCUACAAUCCUCAUGCUGGCUUGCCCAUGCCACCUAUGACUGCAAUGUCCCAACAGGUAGCUAUUCCAUCACAUCUACCAGGAAUGCCACCACAAAUGGCAGCUUUGCCAGCCCCAAUCCAUGCAAUGCCACAGCCAUUGCCAGCAGUUCCCCAACCAAUGACUGUGCCUGCUUUGGCACCGCAGCAGGCUCCGAAGGCAUACACCACCAACUAUACUGUACCAAUGGAGUUGAUGAAGAGGGAUCGGGGCUUGGCUACAAUGUCACCCAUGCCUAGUCCCCAUGUAAGCCCACAAGUAAUGCGCAAGGCUGGAGUGUCCUCAGACAGAGCCCUAGUACCCGUUGGUGGUGCCUUCCCAGGCCAAAAUGUGAGUCUGUCUAAUCAGAAGCUCAGCCGGCGUACUGGACCUCCGGUCAUUGUCUCCACUAUGGCAUCGCCAGACACAAGUAUAAGGCCACAAAUCAUGAACGGUCCGAUGCAUCCUCGGCCGCUGGUCGCUCUGCUGGAUGGGAGGGACUGUACCGUAGAGAUGCCCAUCCUGAAGGAUUUAGCCACUGUGGCGUUCUGUGACGCUCAGUCAACGCAGGAAAUACAUGAGAAGGUGUUGAACGAGGCGGUGGGGGCGAUGAUGUACCACACCAUCACUCUGACCAGAGAAGAUCUGGAGAAAUUUAAAGCCCUCCGAAUCAUAAUCCGCAUCGGUAGUGGAUAUGACAAUAUCGACAUUAAAGCAGCUGGAGAGAUGGGUAUUGCGGUGUGUAAUAUUCCAUCUGCCGCCGUGGAGGAGACGGCAGACUCAACACUUUGCCACAUCCUGAACCUGUACCGGAGGAACACCUGGCUGUACCAGGCCAUGCGUGAGGGCACACGGGUCCAGAGCGUGGAGCAGAUCAGAGAGGUGGCAUCAGGGGCCGCCCGCAUCAGAGGAGAAACACUCGGACUUAUUGGCUUUGGCCGAUCGGGACAGGCUGUGGCUGUUCGAGCAAAAGCGUUUGGCUUCAGUGUGAUCUUUUAUGACCCGUACCUGCAAGACGGUUUAGAGCGAUCGCUGGGCGUCCAGAGAGUUUACACCUUACAGGACCUCCUGUACCAGAGCGACUGUGUGUCUCUCCACUGCAACCUAAACGAACACAAUCACCACCUCAUCAACGACUUCACCAUCAAGCAGAUGCGACAGGGAGCAUUUCUGGUCAACACAGCACGAGGGGGUCUGGUAGAUGAAAAAGCCCUGGCUCAGGCUCUCAAAGAGGGCAGGAUACGGGGCGCCGCCCUGGAUGUUCACGAGUCUGAACCCUUCAGUUUUUCUCAGGGUCCUCUGAAGGACGCGCCCAAUCUGAUCUGCACCCCUCACACGGCGUGGUACAGUGAGCAGGCCUCACUAGAGAUGAGAGAGGCAGCGGCCACUGAGAUCCGCAGGGCCAUCACCGGUCGUAUUCCAGACAGUCUCAGAAACUGCGUCAACAAAGAGUUUUUUGUGACUACGGCGCCGUGGGGGGUGAUGGAGCAGCAGGUACAUCCAGAGCUCAACGGCGGAGCCUACAGAGUGGCCCAGCCGCUACCAGCCGUUUCUCCUGGCGGCCUGCAAGACAAAAUGUAUACCUAAACAAUGACAGGUUUCCUCCUGGUGUGGUGGGUGUGUCUCCUGGUGGCAUGGGUGGACAGAUAGAGGGCAUGAUGCCCGGCGGGAUGCC